AUGAUUAGCAUGUCAGAAGCCUUCUAUCAAGGUCGGAGACCGAUGAAAGGUCGCAGCAUCGCCUUGCUAAGUGUCUUUGGCGUCAUUGGUGGUACAGCUUUAAUGUUCCGCUUCCUAGCUCCCCAGCCAGGCACGCUCAAUACGAGCAAAGAGGUAGCGACGUACCGGGGUGGCGAGUCUGAACAAACAGAUCAAGGCGAUAAAUUUGGACGCACUGCCCACCCGCCUCGAAAGGAAUAUCCAGUGUCCAGGCCAAAGUUUUAA